CCAACGCGGGGCCCCGGAUUCUCGAAGCGGGAAUUUCGGAGCCAGCCGUGUUCCGUGUGGGGGCUAUUUCACUGGUUCUCCUCGAGCACGCGCUGGGCAAGGGAUUCAGGCUAAGUACUGGGUGACGCCGGCUCGGUGCGGCAUACCCGGAAUACAAGACCGGUCAAGACGGCGAGGUGAGCGAAUAGAAUAUAGAAUAUCACCACCAUGCUGCCCUCCCUCAACUCAACUGCGACUCGUAUCCGGCACCCAGCUUCGAGUAACCCUCAUAAACACCGCCAAACAUGGUCUCCUCCAAGUCUCUCCUCCUGGCUGCCGCCGGCGCCCUCGCCCUCCCCUUCACUUCAACCGACGGCCGUGGUGGGAGUGUGAGUGAGUUGCUCACAUCCCGUGCCGGCACCCCGAGCUCCGAAGGCGAACACGGCGGUUUCUUCUACAGCUUCUGGACCGACGGCGGCGGAACCGUCAACUACGAGAACAAGGAUGACGGCAGCUACGCUGUCAGCUGGCAAAACUGCAGCAACUUUGUCGGUGGCAAGGGCUGGAGCCCGGGCACGCCCCGCACCAUCAACUACGAAUCCGACUUCUCCACAACCGGCAACGGGUACCUGGCCAUCUACGGGUGGAUGAAGAACCCACUCGUCGAGUACUACAUCAUCGAGACGCUCGGCACAUACGACCCGACCGUGGCGGGGCCCAGCUUCGGCAGCUACGAGGCCGACGGCAGCGAGUACAAGCUGACGCGGCAGCUGCAGUACCCGCUGCCGACCGACGGCCUCCCCACCCCGCGGGAGACGCUGAACCGCGUCUUUGCGGUGCGGCAGGGCCAGCGGGUUGCUGGGAGCGUGGAUGUGGGGGUGCAUUUUGAGGCGUGGAAGGCGGCGGGGCUGAAGGUGGGCGCGCAGCAUCGCUAUCAGAUUGUGGCGACGGAGGGGUAUCAGAGUUCGGGGGAGGCGGAGGUUACGGUUUGGUAAUGACCUGGGUGGGUAGGUAUAGGAGGCUGUAGGGUAGGUAGGGGUUGAUAGGGCACUUCGUACAUAUUAUAUAUAGGUACUCUUUUGUUCACGGUAGUUGAGUGAUGUUUGUGGGAAUCGUGAAACGGUCUCGGGUUUUUCUAGUGGGAUGUAAGAUCAUCAUACCUCAGGGGGUUGUCGCCUCAACGUGUCGGCAACAUAGCUGUGAGCUUGAAAAUGGGCAACACUUUGUUCUUUCUCCCUUGGUCCACUUGAAUCUACAUGGCUAGCUAAUCAAACC